AUGGAACGGCACCGCGGGAGAGAGCGGGAGCGGGGUGGCGUGGGAGCGGGGAUACCUGAGGGGAACGCCUCUGACAGCGGAGUGCCCCUGGGAGGCCUUGUUGCCGACAAGAAGGCGUCCAGCGAGACAAAGUUGUCCUCCACCAGCGACUUCGCUCUGGGGUAA